CCUUUUAUAACUGUUGGUUGUAAACUAUUAUUUUCGAAUAAAAAAAAUUACCAAAGCCAACGUUUUUAUCAAUUCUGAAUACUUUUACACAUAUAUUGUUAUCCAGUUGUAUUUCAAUGUUGUAAGCGGUUAGAAAUUAUUUGCAGUGAUAGAAGCGAUAUUAUUAACCGACAUCUUGAAAUUGGAAAUCUCCAGACGUCAUAAAUUUAAAAGACAACAUGACAAGCACAAGAAGAAGAAAUGAUGAAUUUUUACCGGCAGCUCUAUUUAAAUUUGACCAUAUAGAAAGAAAUGUGCAGGAGCAUUUGAAGAAAGUUUAUGGAACUCUAUCUAUAGCGAUGAUAGCUGCAGGUGUAGGUGCCUAUGUCCACCUGUUUACUGGUCUUAUGAGGGCCGGUUUCCUCACCUCCUUAGCCUCCAUUGGACUAAUGAUAUGGUUGGCAAUGACACAUCACUCAAAAGAGACACAGAUGAAGAGAAUGGCCAUCUUUACAGGUUUUACUUUCUUCAGUGGAAUGUCACUUGGUCCAGUCAUGGAUUGGGUUAUAGACAUUGAUCCAAGCAUAAUAGCCACAGCCUUUAUGGCCACUACUGUGAUUUUUGUCAGUUUUUCCUUGGCUGCAUUAUACAACACAGACAGAACAUUUUUAUACAUGGGCGGAUUUCUGAUGUCUGGCCUUAGUUGGUUGAUGCUGUUGGGAUUCAUGAACAUUUUCUUCCAGUCUCAGAUGAUUUGGGAUUUAUACCUUCAUGCUGGAUUAUUGAUUUUCUGUGCCUUUGUUCUGUACGACACACAACUUAUUGUUGAGAAAAAACGUAAUGGAGAUGAAGACUUUAUCUGGCACAGUGUAGAUUUGUUCCUGGACUUCAUCAACAUCUUCCGUAAACUGAUGAUCAUCUUAGGCAAAAAGGAAAAGAAGAAGGAGUAAAUAAAACAGAAACAGAUUGAAUUGAAGAACUUUAUUUUCUUAAUGACAUCUGACAUCUUUGUGGGAAAGAUGCAGAGAAAAUACAAAAAAAAAUUAAACUUUAACUAUUAAACUUCCUUUUUGAUUUCAUAUGUUGUGAUACUUUGCUUAUUUUGUACACUUGAAAUUCUGUCAAAGUUAAUUUUUUAAGAAUUUUGUAUUUACCCAAACAGAAACAUCAAAUUCAACUUUAAUAUUUCAUCUAGCUGGGAUAUAAACACAAAGAAAUAAUUAGUUAUCUGCAAGAUAUUGAAACCCAAAAAUCAAGGCACAUCAUUGGUAAAUUGGACACAGCUAUUUAUAAAAGGUUUCUAGCAGUGUUUACAAAUUCUAAAAGAAAAAGAAAAGACAAAGAGAAAGCAAAUCUUCGAUUUUAACAUGAAGAAUUUGUUAAAGUGAAUAAAAGAAAGAAAUUAUUUUUUUAUUACUAAUCCAUAGAUCUACUACACUUAAAGUUUUAUUUUAUUUUUUUUGCACUCAUGAUUGUGUGGUGCAUCAUGGGUAAUUUUCUUAGAUCACCAGGCCACUUAUUUCAUUGUUUAAUUGAAACAUUGUAUAAUUCUUCAAAGUUGAUGGUUAAAUACAACCAAACAUUAUUUUUGCAACAGCUCUUUAUUUACAACUCAUGCUUGAAAACAGGCACUUAAUAUUUUUAAAUUGCAUAAAAUAUGAAUUGACUAUUUAUAAUUGUAAUAAAGCACUGAUUGAAAUUUUA